AUGGAGAUUAGGACUUGUAAGUCUUGCUAUGGGUGCAUCCAUCCCAGCCAUCUUCUUAUUGUACUUAUCACGAAGAGGAUCAUUGUAGGUCCAUCUGCAUUUCAUACAGUAAUUAAUCAGCCUCAGUUGCGGCUAUCGAACGGUUUCCGGUGCUGUCUACAUGCUUUUAUACCACAAACCAUUUACCACGAAAGAAUUUCAAAGAACAAGCACUUACGGAUUAUUCCAAUCGGUCGUGUCCUCCUCGACAAGAUGAGUCCACUUCGUCCUUCCACUCCGGCCAAAGUGCUUCACCUGCAUAACCUUGGGCAAAAUCGACUUAUCCAUAUUAUCCUCACCAGUUGGGGCCGAGAAGUCGCGCGUGUAGAUGCCGUCAGCACCAGCAGUCCCCGCGUGAUCGUCUGGGUUCGUCUGGAAGAAGGCACCUUUGUGGUAGUACUUCUGCAUGAACUUCCACUUCUGUUUGGUCUGCUUGCUGGGUUUCGGGUUCUUCCUCUCCCAUUCCCUCCUCUCCUCCUCAGUCAUGUUCCUCACCUUAUCUAUUUCCUCCUUCUCCUUAAGCAUGGCCUCCCGAUCCUCUCUGUCCCUCUUGAUCCUAGCAAUCUCCCGGGCCUUCCAGGCUUCGUACUCAUCAGCCUCAUUCACAUCGUCAUCCGUGUCCACAUCGGAAACAUUAGCUUCCAGCUCAAGAUUCUUCUGGAUCUCGAGAUCCUCUUUGAUCUUCUCCACGACAAUCUCUUUGGUCUCCUUCCUUCUCUCUUCCAGCCUCUUCUGCACGGCCUCCUCCAGCGCCUUCUCCUCGGCCUUGAGCCGCUCUCGCUCGGCUAUGGUGUCCCUCUCUGA